GCUGCGGAGUCCAUGAGCCACGGGGCUGCGGAGUCCAUGCUCCGUCCUGGAGCGGCUCCAGCCUGUCUUCUUGUCCCAGUGAGAACAAAGAAGAGGUUUUCUGUCCCCGAAUGGGCCAGAGAGCUGACCCCUGAAGAGAAGAAGAGGAGACUCAAGUCUUCGGGGAUAGUAGUUCCUGAUGAACGUGUAGAAAGGACCUUCUACUUGGCCUGCACAGGUGAUAUUAUGGACCAGUACAUCCCUCCUGAGGGCGAUGCCCGCUUGUCUUCUCUAUCCAAAGAUGGGCUGAAGCAAAAGAUGGAGCAGCUGAAGCAGACCGCUGCCUCCAAGCUAGCUCUGCGGAAGGUGAAAGAUCACGAUCCGGAUUUCAGCACUAAAACCUUCCCGGAGAAGGCGCAGGAGAUAUUUAUUGAAGCUCACAAUUGCCUGGCAAAUUUUAACAAGCAGAAACUUCACUCCCUGGUGACAGAGCACUGCUACCCGGAAAUGGUCCGUGGGAACAGGUACAAGACGAUCCGGUGGAGGUUUGUGGAGUCGCUGGAGCCUCCAAGAGUGGUUCACAUUCGCUGUGACAGCCUCGUGAAUCGAGGCAACCUGUAUGGCCAGGUGACGGUGCGGAUGCACACGCGGCAGAUUCUGGCGAUCUAUGACCGCUUUGGGCGGCUGAUGUAUGGUGGGGAGGAGGUGCCCAAGGACGUUUUGGAGUAUGUUGUGUUUGAGAGGUACUUGGUCAACCCGUAUGGCGCAUGGAGGAUGCACGGCAAGAUUGUCCCAGAGUGGGCUCCGCCAAAGGACCCAAUUGUUAAGACUGUGAUGAUUCCUGGACCGACCUUGGAUCCCUCAAAAGAGUAUGAGGAAAUGAAGUAGGAAUUUCCAGAGC